AAUCUUCUUUGCAUCGGUUACAUCGAAGCUUCUGGAACAGUGGAACCUCCUAGGAUGCUUCACCAACUCCUUUGUCCUCGCCCAGCCACACCCAUGCACCUUUGCCUUCUUUGACGCGCAGUGGAGCGGACCGGUCUUGGAACGACGAUUUCCCUAGCUCGACUUUACUUGCCUUGGGGUACUUUAAAGCAAAAGAAAGAUUCGUCAUUUUUCGUAUUUAUUUAUUUAGCUGAGCUCCCAUCCGGCCUCCUCCCGCAAACAAACACACGCUCUGUCUUUGCUCUAAUUUUGCUUGUUGAAUUCUACUACUUUGUUUCGUGUCUGAUUGUUCUGCGUCUUUGAGAGUUUGCUCCCGAGGUCCAAUGGAGAGAGGAGGUGGGAACAGAGGGAGAGGAAGAGGCAGAGACGGAGGAGGAAGGGGUGGUCGUGGUGGUCGUCCACAACAUCAGCAGUGGAGGGGUUCGCGGCCUGGGGGGCCGUGGGAUCGACAACCGCGACAGCCGCAAGGCGAUGACAUUGUUGCUUCUGGUCCUCCCAUGGGUCAGGUGGUGGAACCCGCUUCGUUGGGCGGUUCCGGUGAGGGUUCGAGCAGCGCGGCUGGUCGUGGUGGUAGAGGACCAGCUUGGAGGGGUGGGGCGGGUCAGAUUCAGUGGGUGGAAGUAGGAUCCCCCACCCCUACUGCUGCUGCUCCACCCGUUCAGCGUCCGCCUCAGAUUUCUCCUGAACGGCCUAUCCCCGAUCCUGUUGUUCCAGAACUGCAAGCAAUGAGUAUUUCAGAAAAAUUGACUACUCCUCCAGAAGAUUCAAACAGAAUUCUUCCAGUUAAACGACCCGAUAAAGGGGGCGCACUUGCUAUCCGAACGAGUAGGCUCCGUGUCAAUCACUUUCCUGUCAACUUCACUCCAGAGACUGUUAUAAUGCACUAUGAUCUCGAUGUAAAACUGGAGGUGCCCCUCAAGAAUCGUCGGCCUGUGAGAAUAUCAAAAGCUGAUCUGUCUGUGGUCAGGAACAAAUUAUCUUCUGAUGAUCCUGUACGAUUUCCCAUGACAAAGACUGCAUAUGAUGGCGAGAAGAAUAUUUUCAGCGCGGUAUCAUUGCCCACAGGAAAAUUUAAUGUGAAAGUCGCUGAGGGAGAAGACACUAAGGGUGGUUCAUAUGUAGUUACUAUCAAGCUUGUAAAUGAGCUCAAGCUUUGCAAGUUGGAGGAUUACUUACGCGGGCAUCUCUCAUCAAUCCCCCGAGAUAUAUUACAAGGAUUGGAUCUCGUAAUGAAGGAGAAUCCAGCUAGGAACAUGAUCCCAGUUGGCCGAAGUUUUUUCCCCAGAGAACCUAGGGAAGGAGAUGAUCUUGGUUGCGGCAUCAUGGCAUCUAGAGGGUUUCAACAUAGUCUGAAGCAGACCUCCCAGGGUUUGGCCAUGUGUCUGGAUUACUCGGUUUUGGCAUUUCGAAAGCGAUUGCCGGUUAUAGAUUUCCUCAGGGAGCAUAUCUAUAGAUUUGAUAUCCUUAAUUUCCAAAAGUUUAGGGCGGCUGUAGUUGAUGCAUUGAAGGAUCUGAAAGUUACUGUGACUCACCGAAAAACCAAACAAAAAUACAUCAUCAAGGGUUUAACUUCUGAGAAUACACGACGUAUAUCAUUUGAUGAGGAAGACCCAGAGGGCAAGAAUCCAACCAAGAAAGUGAGCAUUGUUGAUUAUUUUUUGGACAAAUAUGGCAAAGAUAUUAGGUAUAAGGAUAUUCCCUGCUUGGAUUUAGGGAGAGGAAAUAAGAAAAACUAUGUGCCAAUGGAGUUCUGUAUCUUAUUUGAGGGCCAAAGGUUUCCUAAGGAAGAUUUGGAUAGAAAUGCAGCCAUAAUGUUGAAGAACAUGUCACUUGUACGGCCAAAUGAUAGGGAGAGGGAGAUAUGCAGUAUGGUACGCUCAAAAGAUGGACCUCUGGGUGGAGGCAUCGCUCAAAAUUUUGGAAUGGCAGUGAACAUGAACAUGACCAAAGUUACAGGACGCAUUAUUGGGCCACCUGAGUUGAAGCUUGGUGCUUCGAAUGGUAAAGCGAUCAAGGUAACGGUUGAGAAAGAGAAAUGUCAGUGGAACCUUGUCGGAAAGUCAGUGGUGGAAGGCAAGAUAAUUGACAGGUGGGGUGUUAUCGACUUCAGCUCUUCUGAAAGAUCUGGACUAAAUCCUGAUUUUUUCAUUCCAAAGCUUAUUAACCGGUGUGGAAAUCUGGGAAUCCGCAUGGAGGAGCCUCUUAUAUAUGAGUGCACAACAAUGUGGAAAUUUUCAAGGCUUAACAUACUGUGUGAACUACUUGAAAGUAUUAAGAAAGAGGCUUAUAGGAUUUGUAAAGGUAAUCUACAAAUUCUUCUUUGUGUUAUGUCUAGGAGGGAUCCUGGUUACAAAUAUCUCAAGUGGAUCUCCGAGACCCAACUUGGUAUUGUGACACAGUGUUGUCUGUCCACUUGUGCCAACAAAGCAAAUGACCAGUAUCUUGCAAAUCUUGCUAUCAAGAUAAAUGCCAAGCUUGGAGGUAGCAAUGUAGAGCUCAAUAAUCCGUUGCCCCGUUUUGAAGGGAAAGGGCAUGUUAUGUUUGUGGGGGCUGAUGUUAACCAUCCUGCUGCACGGAACACUACGAGUCCAUCCAUAGCAGCUGUUGUUGCAACCAUGAACUGGCCUGCUGCAAAUCGUUAUGUAGCACGUGUCCGCCCACAAGUUCAUAGGAAGGAGACGAUUCUGAAUUUUGGAGACAUGUGUUUGGAACUAGUUGAACGAUAUGCUCAGCUCAAUAAAGUUAGGCCAGACAAGAUUGUGAUCUUCCGUGAUGGAGUAAGUGAGAGCCAAUUUGAUAUGGUUCUCAAUGAAGAGUUGCAAGAUCUCAAGAGGGCACUCCAAGCUAUAAAAUACUCUCCAAGCAUCACACUUAUUGUUGCCCAAAAGAGGCAUCAGACUCGUUUCUUUCCGGAGAGUGCAAGGGAUGGGUGUUCAACUGGAAAUGUGUCUCCGGGCACAGUUGUGGACACAAUAAUAGUUCACCCUUUUGAAUUUGACUUCUAUCUCUGUAGCCACUUUGGAAGCCUUGGGACAAGCAAGCCCACGCACUACCAUGUCCUGUGGGAUGAGCAUAGGUUUACUUCUGACCAAUUGCAAAAGCUCAUAUACGAACUGUGUUUUACCUUUGCUCGGUGCACUAAACCUGUGUCGCUAGUCCCACCAGUGUACUACGCUGACCUUGUUGCUUAUAGGGGACGACUUUACUAUGAGGCAAUGGUAGAGGGGCGGGCUCCAGUUGCAACAUCAUCGGCAUCAUCGUCGUCGUCAUCGUCACUUGCAUCUUUUGAUCUGAAUUUCUUCAAGUUACAUGCUUCCUUGGAAAAUAUCAUGUUUUUUGUUUAGAAGGCUGCCUGCAUGGUUUGCCAUUUGUUCUCUCCUCUUUUCAGCAAGGGGUAAGAAAUAGACAACUUUUGUUGACAAUGCCCGACGCCCUCCUUUCUCGUGUGGAUUGAUGAAGGAGUUUGUGCGUGAAUCUAAUGGGUUCUGUCUCAGUUUGUCUGAGAGUAUUUUGCUCAUGUUUCUUUUGCUCUUACAGUUGUGAUGGUUGAAUGUUAUGCUCUUGUGUGUCUUGUGUUUUGCUGUAAAGAAUCAGGGAUUGUGUGGACUGGACCCGGUCUAUUUAUUGGUGUGUUUUGCUUA